AUGGAAGAUGACGACGAUGCUACGAACUCAGACGGUCCAGAUUCGAUCCUGCGAAACCUUCAGACCAGCAGCGAAGCCCGGGACUCUCCGAAUAGUUCAUUGACUUCAGCUUCAAUGAUGUCCACACACAAUGAACAACGGCCGGGCAUCACCUCGAAACCCACAGUCAAUUCGGAGACUUCGAUCGACAACAGAAAUUUCCUCUACACUAGAGCGCCGGUCACCUGCAAGGCGAGGUCUUCGAUUCCUCCCCGCCUCCCAGCAAGCGAAUACGCACAUCAGUGCAUCGUAGCUGCCGAGAAUUCACGGCUUGAUCCCUUCAAACUUCAUGAAGACGAGCACAAACUUUUGCAGGACAGGCUGUGCCAGCUGCACGUUACUGUUUAUCUGAAUAUCCGAAAUGGGAUCCUUCGACUAUGGUCACGCAACCCCAGUGUCAGCGUUAGCCUCGAAGAAGCUAUUGGCUGCAUCAAGGACGAACGCUGGACUCGUCUGGCCUGUUUUGCCUAUGAAUGGCUUGUGCGAAGAGGAUACAUCAACUUCGGUUGCGUCGACGCUCCUCUUGCCAACAAGCAAUAUAAGGGUAAACGAAAGGAAACGCCACGCGAGACUAUCGUCGUGAUCGGCGGCGGUGUGGCCGGGUUGGGCACGGCGAGACAGCUCACCAAUCUUUUCCAGCACUUCCCAGACCAGACACCGCCGAAAGUAAUUGUGCUCGAGGGUCGUAGCCGCAUUGGUGGCCGCAUAUACUCACAUCCUCUAUCUAGCAUGCGAUCCUCAAUUCUGUCUCCCGAUCAGCGUGCGACCGCCGAAAUGGGAGCCCAUAUCAUUGUGGGCUUCGAUAAAGGUAAUCCUCUGGAUGCCAUUAUUCGUGGGCAACUGGCCCUCGACCACCACCUCCUGCGUGACCUCUCCACCUUAUACGAUGUCGAUGGGACCCCUGUGAACGGUGCGAGCGAUGCCAUGAUCGAAAGACUCUACAAUGAUGUGCUAGAUCGAACGAGCGAAUAUCGUGUUAAGCACACCGUCAAGAAGACUGCGGAAGGAGACAAAGAUCUCAUUGAGGCUUGGCGGGAUCCUCCAGCAAAUGAAGAGUCGGUCACUAUCAAGAAAUACGAAGAAGCAGCUGCCUCGGGCACCAUCGACCAGAUCAUGCCCGACAAGAAAUCCAGAAGACGUGGCGCAGGACACAAGGCUGCUAAAGGUGACAAGUCAAAAGAAGAAGUCGAUACCAACAUGGACACCAAGAUGCAAUUGCCUGCUGCUCGGGCCGCAGAAGAAUUCGGGUUCAUGCUAAAAAGCACCACCAAGCUGGAUGAAACGCUGCAGCUUGAGGAGUUGGCGGCGCAGCCAAACCAGUCACUCGGCAAGAUCAUGAACUCGGGUAUUGAGCAGUAUCGGGAAUUCCUUGACCUCAAGCCUUACGCAUUGCGGCUCAUCAAUUGGCACUUUGCAAAUCUCGAAUAUGCCAACGCAGCCAAUGUUGAUAAGCUCAGCCUUCGUGCUUGGGAUCAAGACAUCGGCAAUGAGUUCGAGGGCGAGCACGCUCAAGUGGUCGGCGGUUACCAACAACUGCCUCGUGCAUUGUGGCGGCACCCAGAACCUCUCGAUGUCCGCACUAAUAAGCCUGUCAAGAGUAUCAGUUACAGUGCUGUCGGCUCCCAGGGCAAGGCGACAAUAAUAUGCGAAGAUGGCGAGUCAUUUGAGGCAGACAAGGUUGUGUUUUCGGCACCACUCGGCAUUCUGAAAGAACAGUCGAUCAAAUUCGACCCACCACUUCCUUCAUGGAAGAGCGAUGCGAUCCGCAGAAUGGGCUUCGGCUUACUAAACAAGCUUGUUCUGGUCUUCGAGAAGCCAUUCUGGGAUACCGAACGAGACAUGUUUGGCCUCCUUCGCGCACCGAGGGAUAACGCCGGCGUGGAACAAGCCAACUACAAACAAUGUCGAGGGCAGUUCUACCUAUUCUGGAACUGCAUUGAGACGAGUGGCCUCCCGGUGCUCAUCGCCUUGAUGGCCGGCGAAUCUGCCUACGAAGCCGAGCGUACCCCUGAUGCCUUCCUUGUUGAAGAUUGCAUGCUACAACUGCGCAACGUCUUCGGUGCCCAGAAUGUCCCUUCGCCGGUUGAAACGAUUGUCACGCGCUGGGGGUCCGACCGCUUCGCUCGAGGCACCUAUUCAUACGUUGCCGCAGAGGCUCGCGCGAAUGACUACGAUCUGAUCGCCGCCCCGGUAUCUAACCUGUUCUUCGCAGGCGAGGCCACCAUUGCCACUCAUCCUGCCACUGUUCAUGGCGCUUACCUCUCCGGUCUACGUGCUGCCCACGAAGUCUACGAAUCUCUUGUUGGUCCCAUCGCCAUCCCACCUGUCCUCGUUCCACCAUCCUCCACAAAAUCCUCGUACUUUGCGCCUGCAGUCAAGCAACAGCCCGCAGCCACUGUAGACCUUACUCAAAUCGAAGCCCACACAGCGCAAGCUCCUAAGCGCAAGGGCGACGAAGUCCUGCCCGCCGGCACCUUUACGCGCCCGAUCAAAGAGAACAACAACGCCCUCCACGAAGCCUGGGACGCUGCUAUGUGGGUGCGAAUCUACAACGAUUUAGGUCCGCCACCUGUUCGUCCCACCAAGCUCAACAUCAACGCCUUCCUGCUUUACUCCGGCGAGCAGUGGGACGCCGUCAAGACGCGGCUCGCGGAGCAGAAAGCCGCGGCCGGCAAGCCCAAGAAGACAAAGCAGAGCGAGCGUGACCAGGUGCGCGUCGAGCUGGGCAAAAUGUGGGCGGCGCUCAGCGAAGACGAGAAGCAGCCCUACACCGAUAGGGUCGCAAAGAACCGGCAGGAGAAUGAUGACAAGUUUAAGGAAUGGAGCGCCAAGGCGGUGGAAUGGGACCGUAGGACGUGGGAGGUCAAAGCCGCCUGGAUCAAGGAAGGGAACAGCUUUGAGGAGUUUUGUGCUAAAAAGAGGGAGGAAGAGGACGCGAUGGACGAUGCGAGGGAUAAGAGAGUGCGCAUCGAAUGA